AUGACAAGUUUGUUUCAAAUAUCGAGUAUUUUUAAUAAAAUAAAUAAAAAACAAUAUUUCAACUAUUUUAACUUAAUAAAUAAAAAAAGUUUACUUAUGAAUGAUAUAAAAUUGCGUUAUAUAAGUACGGGUAUGAAUAAUUUUAACCUAAUAAUUAAUAAAAAUAUUAAGAAUAAUAUCAGUAAAUUUAAUUUAAUAGAUAAAAAAAGAAUAUUUAUGAAUAAUAUUAGACAAUGUAACGUAUAUACAAAUAUGAGUAUAUACAAACAAAAUGAUAAUGGUAAUUGUUUUCUUAAAAUAUUUAAAAGAAAUAAGAUGGUAAAAACGAGUUCUUAUAGGAGAAAAAGUAGAAGUUCUCCAAAUGGUCAAGGUCAAAAGGCAAAAAUAGGAAUUAAAAGAUUGAGUGGUGAAUAUGUAAAAACAGGACAAAUGUUAGUAAAACAAAGAAAAAUUAUAGCAUUUAAUUAUGAAAAAAAGACAAGAAAAAGAAAUUUCAAAUAUUAUCCUGGUGAAAAUGUAAAAGUUUCAAAAAAUACAAGUUUAAUUGCUUUAACAAAUGGAAGAGUUAAAUACACUUUUCAUGUUUUACAAAAUAUUUUAAUUGUAAACAUAUUACCAGAAGAGUUAGAAGAGUUAAAAGAAGAAGAUUUAUAUAGGUAUAGAACUGAGCAUGUAAAAUCAUUUGAAGAAAAUAGAAGUUUAGUUUAUUUAAGAAUGAAAAAUAUUAUUACAUUUCCCAAAUUUAAGAAUACUCAAUAUAUUAAACCACCAUUAAAACCACAAUUUCUAACAAAAUAUGAUAUUUAUGAUAAUCCAACUCUUCAAGAAGUUCCCAUAUUAUAUCAUAAAAAAAAUUGA